AUGAGAGGUGUGUUUGGUGUUGAUGAAGUGAAGUCAGUGUCUGUGAUGGAGGGAGAUUCUGUCACUCUGAACAUCAGUGAUGCUGAUAUAAUGGGAGAUGAACUGAUAAUGUGGAGAUUUGGACACAGCAGUAUCAUAGCUAAAAUCAACAGAAAGGACAAUAAGAGACAGCUUCUUGAUGAGAGAUUCAGAGACAGACUGCAGCUGGAUCAGACUGGAUCUCUGAGCAUCACAAACACCAGAACCACAGACUCUGGAUUUUAUCAAGUCACCAGCACCAGAACAGAGACACCACUCAACACAUUCAAUAUCACUGUCUAUGCUUGUCUACCUGUUCCUCUCAUCAGCAGAGACUGUUCAUCAUCAUCAUCAUCAUCAUCAUCUUCAUCAUAUUAUUCAUUGGUGUGUUUAGUGUUGAAUGUGAGUCAUGUGACUCUCUCCUGGUACAAAGGAAACAGUUUAUUGUCCAGCAUCAGUGUGUCUGAUCUCAGCAUCAGUCUCUCUCUACCUCUGGAGGUGGAAUAUCAGGAUAACAACACCUACAGCUGUGUGCUCAACAGUCUCACCAGUAACCAGACUCAACACCUCAACAUUACUCAACUCUGUCACACACAUUUAGAUUGUAUCCACUGCUGUGGUUCUACUAAAGCUGUGAUCCGAUUGGCUCUCUCUGCUCUGGUGGGCGUGGCUACUGUUGCUGUGCUGGUUUAUGACAUCAGAUCCAGAAGGCCCAAUAAGAGACAGUCCACUGGUGCAGCUAGACAUGGUCUCAUGCUCUCUAUCUCGAUAGAGAGCGUGGGUCCCGUAUAA